UUUCUCCUUUUUUUCUCGUCCUUGUAAUUUAAACAGAAUUCCGAAAUCUUGGGAUAAAAUUUGGGACUUUUUCCCGAACGAUUCCCAACCGAAACCCUAAAUCGGUCUCCCUCGAAUCCCCCAUUCUAUUUUCCAUCUUCGCCAUUCGAUUUAAUACCACCAAAUUCAAUCCUUUGUCCCUUGAUUCUUUCCUCUUAGGUGAGAAUCCACUCACUUUCGCCGCCGAUCUCCGGCCAAAUCUUCAAUAUCCUAUUUUUUUUUUAUGAUCCUGGAUAUCCAAUCAAAGCCUUUUUGAGGUAUUUUGAGGGGUUUUUGGGUUUGAUCGCUGGUGUGUUGGAUUUGUAGGUUGAAAUCGUAGGAUUAGGUGAAAAUUGGCCGAUUUUCGAGAGAAAAGAGGCUGAACGUAUCUAUGGAUUCUAGUGUUUGAGAACGAAAUCAACUCUUUAUUUGUGCUUUCUUGUGCCAAAAAAGAGGUUUUUUGAGAUCGUUUAUUAGGGGAACAACAAUGUCGGCCGCUGGAAUCGCUCUCUCGCGCUUUCAGGACGACCUGGGGUUCUCCGCCUUCCAAUCCGAUGGAUCUCGGUCGCCGCACUGCUCGUCGGAGUCUAUUCUCAUCUAUUUAGCGGUCGGUGGAUCAUCCGUGAUGCCAAUGCGCGUCCUGGAGUCUGAUUCCAUCGCCUGCGUGAAGCUUCGGAUCCAGAGCUGCAGGGGCUUCGUUGUUAAGAAGCAAAAGCUCGUCUUUGAUGGCAGGGAGCUCGCUCGGAACGACUGCCUCGUCCGUGACUACGGCGUCGCGGAUGGCAAUGUUCUUCAUCUUGUCAUUCGUCUCUCGGAUCUUCGUGUCAUCACUGUCAAGACAACUUGUGGAAAAAAGUUUGAAUUCCAUGUUCAGAGAGACCGCAAUGUGGGCUAUGUUAAACGCCAGGUAGUCAAAAGGGGGAGGGGUUCUGUUGAUCUUGAUGAUCAAGAGCUUGUUUAUGAUGGCGAGAAGCUCGAUGAUCGGAGCUUGAUCAGUGAUAUCUGCAAGAAUAAUGAUGGUGUGAUUCAUUUGCUGGCUCGGAAGGCCUCAAAAUUUAGGACUAGGCCUUUUGAGAAGGAAUUUGAGCUCUCCAUUGUCGCACCUGAGGUGGAGGACCGCAAGACAUUGCCUGAGCUUCAAAUAAUUUCUAGAAAACCUCCGGAUAGGGAUGUUUGGAUUGAGCCUGUUGUUGUUAACUCUAAGGUUGAAGUGCCGCCGGUUCUUGCUGAUUUAGUUCAAGCUACACUUUCUGGAUUGGAGAAAGGGAAUGGGCCGGUUAUGUCCUCUGAAGGCUCUGGUGGUGCAUACUUUAUGCAGGAUGUGUCAGGGCAUAAAUUUGUUGCAGUUUUUAAGCCAAUUGAUGAGGAACCUUUGGCUCAAAAUAAUCCUCGAGGGCUUCCAUUGUCAUCAGAUGGUGAAGGGAUGAAGAGGGGGACAAGGGUUGGUGAGGGUGCAUUUAGAGAAGUGGCAGCAUAUAUUCUUGACCAUCCUUUGAGUGGGCGCCGGUCUUUCUCUUGUGCAGAUAUUGGGUUUGCUGGUGUUCGCCCAACUGUCUUGGUGCAGUGCUUGCAUGCAGGGUUUUAUCAUCCUGAGGGAUUUGAUGUGAAGAACUACAAGGUUGGCUCCUUACAGAUGUUUGUGAAGAACCAUGGGAGUUGUGAGGAUAUGGGUCCUCGGGCAUUUCCAGUCGAGGAGGUUCAUAAAAUAUCCGUGCUUGAUAUCAGGUUGGCUAAUGCAGAUCGACAUGCUGGAAAUAUAUUGGUUUGCAAGGAAGGUGAUGAAGGCCGGAUUGUGCUGGUCCCUAUCGAUCAUGGAUAUUGUUUGCCGGAGAACUUUGAGGACUGCACAUUUGAGUGGCUCUACUGGCCUCAAACCCGCCAACCAUUCAACUCCGAAACCAUUGAAUACAUAAAAUCACUCGACGCCGAUCAAGACAUUGCUCUUCUCAAGUUCUAUGGCUGGGACUUACCACUUGACUGCUCCCGCACUCUUCAAAUCUCAACCAUGCUUCUGAAGAAGGGUGUGGAGAGGGGACUGACUCCAUAUGACAUCGGAAGCAUUAUGUGCCGGGAGACCCUCAAGAAGGAAUCCAAGAUUGAGGAAAUCAUCCGCGAAGCAAAGGAUGCUGUCCUGCCUGGCACCAGCGAAACCACUUUCCUCGAGACUGUGUCCAUUAUCAUGGAUCGUCGUCUUGACGAGCUCACCGCUUAAGUACAAGCUCUCUUUUAUCUAUUUAUUUGUAUAUGGAAUUGUAUGCUUGUUGAUAGAUGACUAUAGUACCCUUCCCCUCUAUCUAGUUUGUCAUUAUGGUGUUCAGGUUCUGGUCUUACAGUUAGAGGUGUGAGGUGUGGGUCAUAUUUCAUAAGACUCUGGGACUGCAGUUUCAGUUAUUCUCUCUGUUUGUUUGUAACCUAUGAAAUUUGUUAAGGGGAUGAUCUGAAACUCAAAAUCCUUGUGUGCUAUGCAAAGCUCAAAUUGGAAUCUGUUUGAUCAUAAAGGUAUAAUAUUUAUGCAAUAAAUUUGGCAUUA